ACCGCCGGCUCGCGGCGCGUGGACCGUGCUCUGCGCCGCGCGCGUUCACACGGCUCCGGGUUCCGGCGGCGGCGGCGACGCGUGGCGCUCGCGAGCCAUGUCGUGGCUCUUCGGCAUCAAGGGCCCCAAGGGCGAAGGCGCGGGGCCGCCGCUUCCCCUGCCGCCCGUGCAGCCCGGGGCCGAGGGCGGCGGGGACCGCGGCGCGGGGGACCGGCCUGCGCCCAAGGACAAAUGGAGCAACUUCGACCCGACGGGCCUGGAGCGCGCGGCCAAGGCGGCACGCGAGCUGGAGCACUCUCGACACGCCAAGGAGGCACUGAGUCUGGCACAGAUGCAGGAGCAGACGCUUCAGCUGGAACAUCAGGCCAAGCUCAAGGAGUACGAGGCGGCCGUGGAGCAGCUGAAGGGCGAGCAGAUCCGCGCGCAGGCCGAGGAGCGGAGGAAGACCCUGAGCGAGGAGACGCGGCAGCACCAGGCCAGGGCCCAGUACCAGGACAGGCUCUCCCGGCAGCGCUACGAGGACCAGCUGAGGCAGCAGCAACUUCUCAACGAGGAGAACCUACGGAAGCAGGAGGAGUCGGUGCAUAAGCAGGAGGCCCUGCGGCGAGCCACCGUGGAGCGGGAGAUGGAGCUCCGGCACAAGAACGAGAUGCUGCGGGUGGAGGCCGAGGCGCGUGCCCGGGCCAAGGCUGAGCGUGACAACGCCGACAUCACCCGCGAGCAGAUCCGCCUGAAGGCUGCUGAGCACCGCCAGACCAUCCUGGAGUCCAUCAGGACGGCUGGCACCGUGUUUGGUGAAGGAUUCCAUGCCUUUGUGACAGACUGGGACAAAGUGACAGCCACGGUGGCUGGGCUGACGCUGCUGGCCGCUGGCAUCUAUUCCGCCAAGCACGCCACGUCGGCCAUAGGGCGCUACGUGGAGACCCGUCUGGGGAAGCCGUCCCUGGUGCGGGAGACCUCUCGAAUCACGCUGCUGGAGCUGCUGAGGCACCCCGUGCAGGUCAGCAGGCGGCUCCUCAGUAAGCCUCAGGACGCAUUGGAGGGCGUCGUCCUCAGCCCCAGCCUGGAGGCUCGCGUGCGGGACAUCGCCAUUGCCACGAGGAACACCAAGAAGAACAGGAGUCUAUACCGGAAUAUCCUGAUGUAUGGACCACCUGGGACUGGCAAGACGUUGUUUGCCAGGAAACUCGCGCUGCACUCAGGCAUGGACUACGCCAUCAUGACGGGUGGGGAUGUGACCCCCAUGGGGCGGGACGGCGUGACCGCCAUGCACAAGGUCUUCGACUGGGCCAGCACCAGCCGGCGAGGCCUCCUGCUCUUCGUGGACGAAGCAGACGCCUUUCUCAGGAAGCGAGCGACUGAGAAGAUCAGCGAGGACCUCAGGGCCACCCUGAACGCGUUCCUGCACCGGACGGGCCAGCACAGCAGCAAGUUCAUGCUGGUCCUGGCCACCAACCAGCCCGAGCAGCUUGACUGGGCCAUCAAUGACCGCAUCGGCGAGAUGGUCCGCUUCGACCUGCCGCGGCGGGAGGAGCGGGAGCGCCUGGUGAGAAUGUAUUUUGACAAGUAUGUUCUUAAACCAGCCACAGAAGGAAAGCAGCGCCCAGGCAUCACUUGGGAACUCUUUACCAGGCGCUUGAAACUGGCCCAGUUUGACUACGGGAAGAAGUGCUCAGAGAUCGCACAGCUGACGGAGGGCAUGUCGGGCCGGGAGAUCUCCCAGCUUGCUGUGGCGUGGCAGGCCAUGGCAUAUGCCUCUGAGGAUGGGGUCCUCACCGAGGCCAUGAUGGACGCCCGGGUCCAGGAUGCCAUCCAGCAGCACGAGCAGAAGAUGCAGUGGCUGAAGGCGGAGGGGAGCCGGCCCCUGCUCCCAAGCUCGCAGGCCGCGUGAGCCGGGCCUGGACGCCUGCAGCACGCGGACCAGGUGGCAUCACCAAGAAGAGACACCCAGGCGCCCGGCUCCCAGCGGACGUGGUGGCACCACACAGCCGCCCCCCUCCUGGCGUGUGUGAUCUUCCUCUGGUCAGGCCCAGGGCGGCAGGGCAGCGUUAAAGGCCUCUGCUCAGGACCAGCUGUGCUGUGCAGCCUUGAGGCGGGGUUGGUUCCUCUGGCCCCCCAGCUGUCCCCAGGACACUCCUGGGAGACGUGUCCCUCCAGGCCCGGCUCAGACGGGGAGCAGGCACUGUCCGCCAUGCCCGGGGCAGCAGCCAAGCUGGCAGCACAGCUUCCCAGGCAGAUGCUGGCUGCUGCAGCUGUGACCAGCAGUAGGGGGCCCGGCCAAGGGAGGGGACCUGACCUUGCCCAGUCCCUCCCAGGGCCAGAACCGAGCCCAUGAUGAGCAGAGCUGGCCUCUGUGCAGCCCAGCGUGCCCACCGCUGUCCUCGGGAGGGGAGUGCCCUUGAGGCCUGUGAACCCGUAAACCCAGGUGCCGAGAGCCAGCCCACCGACAUGCGAUGGCCAAGGAUGUGCGGAGCAGGGGGGCUGUCCAGCCCACAGAAGCCCUAGCUCUCCCGGAUUGGAAUUGGGGGUCUUUUUAUCCAGAAUCUAAUAAAAACUGACAGAUACGUCUCA